AUGUCGUGGGAUCCAGAAGAAAAUCUCAGAUAUGGCGGUAUGCAAAGCGACGUCGAUGAUGAUGAGGUAUGAAUUAUGUAGAUUAACAGGUUUCCAACAAUUUUCACAUUAAAAAUCACAUAGAUUUUCUAUUUGUUUAGUGAGCUAAAGCUCUCAAAAUUGUGCCCGCGCAACACUCUUGAAACUCUCUUGGCAUUGGGGAGAAAAAUCGAUAAUGAUUUCAUGAUUUGAAAAAUAGUAAUAUAUCAAAAAAGGAAGCGAAAAAUAUGAAUUUGGAAAAAAACAAUAAAAUUUAGGCGCGCAAAGUUGCGGAACGUGAACGCAAGAAGGAAGAAGUCCGUAAGCGUCUUGAAGAAGCAUCACGUAUGAAGAAAGCCAAGAAAGGUUUCUUGACACCUGAAAGAAAGAAGAAACUUCGUAAGCUUUUGAUGAUGAAAGCGGCCGAAGAUUUGAAACAACAACAAAUGUUGAAAGAACAAGAAAGACAACGCAUUUUGCAAGAAAGAAUUAUUCCAUUGCCUGAUUUGGAUGCUGAAGACGAUUUGGAAGCGGUUUAUGAUGAAAUUCGUGAACGAUUGAUUGAUUUGGAAUCGGAGAAUUAUGAUGUUAGUUAUGAAGUCAGACAAAAGGAUUUCGAAAUUAACGAGUUGACCAUUGCUGUUAACGAUUUGCGCGGUAAAUUGUAAGUUACCCUAUUUCUAAAUACCUGUUAUCCAAAAGACUUUUUCCAGCGUCAAACCAACAUUGAAAAAGGUCUCAAAAACAGAAGGAAAGUUCGACAAACUCAAGAAAAAGGAGGCACCCAAAGUCGAUUUCCGAUCGCAGCUCAAAGUUGUCGACAAAAACGAAUUCGCUCUCGAUGAAGAAGAAAAGGAGAAAGUCAAAGCUGAUUGGGCUAAGUAA